AUUUUGGGUAAACAGACGAAGAAGAACAACAACCCGGAAGAGUGUCGCACAGUGCUGACGCUUCCCUUCAUUCAGAGCAUCUUUGCUUUCUUCCUCUUACCUUUGUGUUUGAAAUAAAAUAACUUCUUAAUAUAGUGCUCCACAUGAGUAAAGGUUGAUAGCAGCGUGAUAUAGAAUGGAGGCAGGCUGAGGGAUGCAGACAGCCCGGCUUCACUCCUCCUGUCUGCAGAGAGUCUGAAUCUGAUGCACCAUGAUCCCCGUGUCUCUGCUGGUGUUUGUGAUGGCAGGAUGGUGUGUGGUCUAUCUGGCCGACACGAUGCUGAAGUCAUCAGUGACUCAUCGGAUCAGGUACGAGUCAUGGUUGGCGAGUAAAGGGCUGAUGUUGUCUCCCUUCCAUGUGAGAUGGCAGACCACCAUGUUCAACCGGCUGUUUGCGUACUGCGCUCGCAUCAACCCUCAAGCCCUGCACCUGUGGUUCAGCGGCGGUCUGGUGUUUGGUAUCAUUUCCAUGGUGGGGUCAGUGGUGCUGCUGAUAAGGACGCUCCAGCAGACACUUGCUCAGAUGACCACAAACAACCCUCGGAUGGGAGGUCAACAGGCGCUGCAGGUGGUGGUCCCUGGUGUCAAUCUACCCACCAGUCAGCUGGCCUACUUCUUCAGCGCCCUGCUGCUCAGUGGAGUCAUACAUGAGCUGGGCCACGCUGUGGCAGCACUGAGGGAGCAAGUACGGGUGAACGGUUUUGGCAUGUUCAUAUUCGUGGUGUAUCCUGGUGCGUUCGUGGACCUCUUCACCACGCACCUCAACAUCGUAUCCCCCGCCCAGCAGCUCCGCAUCUUCUGCGCCGGAGUGUGGCACAACUUUGUCCUGUGUGUGGUUGCGUUGGCCUUCCUCUUCCUGCUGCCAGCUUUCCUCUUCCCCAUGUACUACACCGGAGCCGGGGCGCUGGUCACUGAGGUCGUGCAGGGCUCUGCAGCUGAGGGUCCUCGGGGUCUGUCAGUCGGGGACAUAGUGACGGGGCUGGAGGACUGUCCGGUCAGGGGGGUGGAGGACUGGAGCAGCUGCCUGUCUCGCCUCUCUAACGCCCCACAGACCGGAUACUGCGUCCCCGUCACCAGCUUGCAGCACAGCUGGGCACACGGGCGAGCCUUCAAGCGUUUGGAUGGAACGAUGGACUGCUGCAGCAACAACAGCCUGACAGAUCUCUGCUUCUCUUACAUGAACCCACCGGGCAGGAAGGAGAGAGAGUACGCCUGCAUGCCGGUGAGGAAGAUGGUGUCGGGGACACAAGUGUGCAAAACCAACGAGGACUGCGACGCACACGCCCACUCUGCUGCAAGCAUUUGCGUCACUCCCUCUCUGGAGAACCAGACUCGCUUCAUCCGAGUCACGCACCCGCCCAACACCCACAUGCUGUUUGUGGGGUACCCGCCGCACCUCCAGUAUGCAGUGAGCUUGACAAACUUCAUCCCCCGCUUCACUUUCCUCCACCUGGAUCUGCCCAUCUUCUUGGAAACCUUCUGCAAAUAUCUCGUGUCCCUCUCUGGUGCGUUAGCUGUUGUCAACUCGGUCCCAUGUUUCGCUCUGGACGGUCAGUGGAUACUGAACGCCCUGCUGGAGGCCACGCUGGUUACUGUGGUAACGGAUCGUCAAAAGCGAGAGCUGAUCGGUUUCUUCCUGCUGCUGGCAGGCAGCGCUCUGUUGGCAGCCAACGUGGCUCUGGGACUGUGGAUGGUCACCGCGCGGUAGCCGCAGCAGAGAGCCGCCCUGUCAGAACAAAAAAAAAAACACCAAAUGAAUGAAAGUCCAUGAGGACUGAGAGCUGUUCUCUCUGGAAGUGUUCAACACGCGUGGACCACUAGACUGUGAACAAACAGGGAAUAGACUGCAAUACCCAGCAGCACUGCUCGGUUUAUUGAGACUGAGAGGCAGAAUGUUGCUCUGCCUCCAAGGCUUUGCCGGACCACCAGGGAAAACAACAAGAACCUUCUUCCACCUUGUUGCCACCAUAUGCUCAAAGCACAUACACAAAUUUAACAAUGCACUUAAUGUAAAGCACUGUCAUACCCGACUGUUUACACACACAACACUAUCUUUCCAAACACUCUUUUGUCUUUGCUGUGUUUGAAUGAAAGCUUCUUUGGUUAAUGAUUGGUUGGAUACCAAAAUGCCAUAUUUACAAACUGGAACAGCAUGGAUGUGUGUGUCUGUCUUGGAUUAGCGUGUUAAGAGAAAUAUUAAAAAGCCUUUACGUAAUCAUCGAAUGCCGGACGACACCUUAAUCCUCGACUCCGUAUCACUGUUAAAGAAAUCUUGCUACCUAUUAUUCAAGUCUGAAAGAAAUGCCUCCUUGUUACCAAAUACUCAAACUAUAUCACACAAUCAAAGUUCAUGUCAACUUUUUAAAUCUAUCUAUACAACACGUGUAUUCAGUAUUCACCUGUCUCUCUCUCCACCAGGGGGAAAACCUUUUUCUCACUUUUCUUCUCCAAUACGUUUUUAUUCUUUUGGCUUCUAACUGUCCGUGGUUCGUCAACGUUGUGAAACAAAGAACUUUUUAUUUAAGAGCUCACAGUCAAGAUGUUUGUUAAUAAAAUGAUUUGUUCUGUUCAUCUAC